AUGGAAUAUCCAGACAGCUUCGCGGGCCUUGCCGAAGCGCUUGUUGAUUCAGGUGUGGAUCCCGAGAUGCUGAUGUGGCUGGAGUCCCUCGAUGUAGACAACAUUAGUGCAGCGGCACGCGCACUUGAAGCCGGUCGACUGCCGCCCGAGCUGUCUGGUUCAGUGCAAGCGUUGCUAACAUUUGCCUUGGGGCCCGAGGUGGUCAAGCGUGGUGAAAAGAGCAUGGGCGAGGCGCCGCCCGCAAAGUUGAGAAGAACCGAUCUUCCUGUCGCCAAGCCAACUGCAGCAGGCUCUUUGGCCAAGGCGUUAGAGUCGGCAAGGCCCUCAGCGCGAGAGGCUACGCUCGCUAGCUUCCAGCGUGAUGUGUGGGCGCCCAGCAACCAGAAACCGCAGGCCUCUCGGUGGCGGACUUGGUCAAAGGUGUGUGACGCCUGGGGAAUUCCGGCUUUGCCGCUAUCGCGGGACGGAAUCGAAAAGGUGGCGGCCUCCUUCAAGGCAGGAGGGUAUAGAUCAGCGCGCCAGUACUUUGCCAGUGCUCGCAGAGAGCAUGUGCUUCAGAUGAAAGCAGAAGUGCCGCCAGAUGUGCUGCUGUGCAUGAGAGAUGCUCUUCGUUCCCUUGAGCGUGGAAUAGGUGGUCCUGCGCUUAAGGACGCAUUCCGUUUUGAAGAGGUGGUGCUGCCCAGCCCCUUCGAGGAAAUUCCGAGUACCCGUCGACAGGCCGUGUGCAUGUUAGUGCUGGGAUGCUGGUUCCUGCUUAGAGAGAUCGAGAUCGCAGCGUUGCAGAGCAAGCACUUGACUGUUGAUUGCGAGCGCAUGGAGGUGACCCUCACACUAGCAGCAAGUAAGUGUGACCAGCAAGGCAACCUUGUUUUGCGAAAACAUGGAUGUUAUUGCGACCACGUUCCUGCAAGAAUGUGCCCGUACCAUAAUGCUGUGGCUUUCGAGAAGAUUCGCCCGAAGAAUUUGGAAGCUCCGCUUUUUCUCAGCUCUCGCGGUCAUGAGUUGUCUAAACAUGAGACCAUCCAGUUGAUCCGCAGAACACUGUCGGCGUCGCCAUUCGCUAUGAAGCGUGCAGGUGCUCAGGGCCAGGCGAUGCUUGAGCGUUUCAAUGGCCACGUCCUUCGAGUUUCGGGUGCACAGUUUUUGGCCAGACGCCUCGUGCCUCUGCCUACCAUCAUGUUGUUGGGGCGGUGGGGCAGCCGCAGUGUCGAGAGAUACGUGCAGGAGGCAGCCCUGGAGACAUUCUCCUUGGAUCAGAUCUUUGACCCCUCGGUGCAUGUCGCCGAGCCAGCGAAGAAGCGGGAUCAGUUGAACCGCGAGGCUGUUGGAGACUCUAUGGCAGCUCUGACUGAGAAGCUCGAAAUCUUGGCAGCUCGCGUGGAAGCAUUGCAAGAGAGGCCACCGCUCGUGGUGGGCAAGAAAGCCCAUGCGCGAGACCCUCAUGAACUCGACAAGCUGCCAGUCACAUGGAGGACAAGGUGUGGCCUGUGGCAGUAUGGUUGUGCUGCGUUCACGAGAGCGAGCGAAGCCCCUGUGGCCACACGCUGUCGCCGCUGCUUUCCAGAAUGUGCCGAGGAUGGUGAGAUAGACAGCAACCGGGAAGAGUCAGGAACCAGUGGUUGUUGUAGCUCCGGAUACCUUGAUUUGCUUUACAUUUUGCCAGCGCUUUGCUUGAAGGCGAUGGCGGUCGUGCAUGCGUCCUUCCAACAAGCGAUGGAGCAAGCGGGCAUCCCUAGUGACAUCCAGAAGUACAUUGUCAGCCGCGACAUUACAUCAGUUGAGGUGAUGGCGUCCAUAGCCUUCAAGGUGGAGGAGGUGGACGAAAUUUUGGCAAAGCCGCUCGAGUCGGAGUUUGAGCUCCCAGGUGGGGAAAAGAUUCUGCUGUCAAAGCUUGAGUUCCCCAUUGCGAAGGCCAAGCUUCGAUACUUGUGGCGCAAAUGCUUCAAGGAUUGCAGCCUUGGCGAAGCACCAACGGUGCCGACACUGCCGGCAUCCACACCAGCGGCUUCGGUGACUAAGUCUUCGUCCAAAGAGCUUCCCAGUGGUUACUGGCAGCAGCAAGUCGCAAAGUUUGAAGCUGUCAAGAUCGGAGACGAGACCCGAAAGUUUCCGCAAGAGAAGCUGAUCGGUGCAGAGACAGUAGUUGCUCGCGUGGUGCACGAGAUGCGCGCAGAGAGUCACACAGCUAUUGGGCUUCACGAGGUGGUCCAGGCCCAGGGUGCGAUUUUGACCCUCAACUCUGACUAUCAGAUUGAGACCGAAGCAGAUGCCCCGUGGCGCCCGAAAAGCGUGCUCUCGUUCGUGGACUGCUUGGACUCCAUUCGUGUCCUGAUGAUCUUUGUUGAAAUGGGUAGCGAGACAAGCAAACUGGAGCAGUUGAGGUUGUACUGGGAAGCAUGUGCGUGGCGGAUUGCUCUUGCUUUGAGGUCCAAGAGAACUUUCAAGUCGAUCACGGAAGAGAUCAUCCUGGACAACCAAGCGCUCCAGGACGCUGUCUCCAGGGACGUCGUGAUCUUAGACCGUGCUGGGCGUCAACGAUUCCGCUAUGACCAGCAGGACGUCGACCGCAACGGCAAAGGGAAAGGCAAGACUAAGACGAAGACUCGCGGUGGCAAGGGUUAUUGGGACGAUCGCCGAUGGGAGCGACGGAAUGAUAGCUGGCGGCCGGGCCCCUACGCCUCCAACUACCAGACCCCAUCGUGGUCUUCGUGGCACGGUUCCUCGUGGUCAUCCUGGCAGCAGAAGAGCCACCAGUACGGGCAGGAGGACAAGAACUCGCAAAGGGAGUAG